AGCUGUUCUAUAUUCGGCACGCGCUUCGAAGCUGCGGUACCAGAUGUAACAUCACUAAAGUAUCAACGUGGGUUUUAGCAGGCGGAUUUACAGCGAAUUUACAUUUAAAACCAACUGCUGGUGAUUCGCAUCCAUCAUUUGGUAUUAAGCUCAGAAAACGAUUGUCGCUGUUCUGACGGAUCAUUGAUCAGGGAGAAAGCCGGAGCUGGAGUGUUGAGAACAACACGACGGCCUGACAGGAAAAGAGCUUUGCUAUGGGUGACGUGAACAGAACAUGCUGUUAAGUGGGUAUUGCCAGAUUAUGUUGUGAGCAACAAUACAGAUUAUCAACAAUGAAAGUCGACAGAAGCAAAUUAAAGAAAACGCCUACAGAAGCUCCUGCAGAUUGCAGAAUACUGAUUGAGAAGCUCAAGGCAUGCACCAAUGAACAACUCCUGGUUGAACUACAGUACAUUAAGACUUGGAAUAUCGGAAAGUGUGAACUGUAUCACUGGGUGGACCUACUGGACCGCUUUGAUGGCAUCCUCUGUGAUGCAGGCCAGACAGUGGAGAAUAUGUCUUGGCUGCUGGUGUGUGACCGUCCUGACAAUGGACAUCUCAAAGCCCUGCUUUUAGCAGUGCUGAACUUCACAGCUUUACUCAUAGAGUAUAGCUUUUCAAGGCACCUGUACAGCUCUAUUGAGCACUUAACCACCUUGUUGGCAUCAUGUGACAUGCAGGUGGUCUUGUCUGUACUCAAUCUACUCUAUGUAUUCAGUAAACGUUCCAACUACAUCACAAGACUGGGAUCUGACAAACGGACACCACUACUGGCCCGACUGCAACAUCUGGCUGAGAGCUGGGGUGGAAAGGAAAAUGGGUUUGGUCUAGCUGAGUGCUGCAGGGACCUACCUAUAGUGAAAUACCCUCCCAGUGCUACCACACUGCACUUUGAGUUUUAUGCUGAACCAAGCCCUGAAGUCAAAGUGGAAAGGAAGCAGCCAAGCAGUAACACACUACAUUAUAUUCACAUCGAGCAGCUUGACAAGAUUUCAGAAAGUCCAUCUGAAAUCAUGGAGUCACUGACUGUGAUGUACAACAUCCCAAAAGACAAACAGACCCUGCUGUUCACACACAUUCGACUAGCUCAUGGGUUCUCAAAUCACAAGAAGAGGUUGCAGGCUGUUCAGGCCCGUCUGCAUGCUAUCUCCAUACUGGUGUACUCAAAUGCACUCCAAGAAUCAGCCAACAGUAUUUUGUAUAACGGUUUGAUAGAGGAGCUGGUGGAUGUUCUCCAGAUUACAGACAAACAACUUGUGGAUAUUAAGGCAGCAUCCUUACGCACUUUAACAUCAAUUGUCCAUCUGGAGAGAACGCCAAAGCUUUCCAACAUUAUUGACUGCACAGGCACUGCUUCCUACCAUGGCUUCUUACCAGUGUUGGUGCGCAACUGCAUACAAGCAAUGAUUGAUCCUCUGAUGGAGCCUUACCCGCACCAGUUUGCCACUGCUUUGUUUUCUUUCCUAUACCAUUUGGCCAGCUAUGAUGCUGGAGGGGAAGCCCUGGUUUCCUGUGGCAUGAUGGAAGCUCUUUUGAAGGUGAUCAAAUUCCUGGGUGAUGAGCAAGACCAGAUAACCUUUGUGACACGGGCAGUGCGGGUGGUGGACCUCAUUACAAACCUGGACAUGGCUGCCUUUCAGUCCCAUGGUGGCCUUUCCAUUUUCAUCUGCAGGCUAGAGCAUGAGGUUGACCUAUCAAGAAAAGAGUGCCCUUUUGUCAUCAAGCCAAAGAUCCAGAGGACCAGCGCAGCUGUGGAGUCUGAGGACAUGGACACUGAUAUGGAGAUGACAGAGGUUGCCAUGGAAAGCAGCCCUGGCCCAUCAACAUCUUCUGGUUCCAGAUCUGAGGUGGAUCACCAAGUGCAGAGCAGUACUACUAAUACUCCUCGUGCAGGUAUGCAGUGUAUCCCUCAGAGGGCCGCUCUGUUGAAGUCGAUGCUGAAUUUUUUAAAGAAAGCCAUCCCAGACCCCACUUUCUCUGAUGGUAUCCGCCAUGUAAUGGAUGGGUCGUUACCUACCUCACUCAAGCACAUCAUCAGCAAUGCAGAAUAUUAUGGCCCGUCACUCUUCUUGUUAGCAACAGAGGUUGUGACGGUGUUUGUGUUCCAGGAGCCAUCCCUGCUUUCGUCACUGCAGGAUAAUGGUCUCACUGAUGUUAUGCUCCAUGCCCUUCUCAUUAAAGAUGUUCCUGCCACUCGUGAGGUUUUGGGUUCUCUCCCCAAUGUGUUCAGUGCCUUGUGCCUGAAUGCAAGAGGCCUGCACUCUUUUGUUCAGUGCCAGCCCUUUGAACGCCUCUUCAAAGUGCUACUGUCUCCUGACUAUCUGCCUGCCAUGCGAAGACGACGCAGCUCUGACCCGUUGGGAGACACUGCAUCAAAUUUGGGCAGUGCUGUUGACGAACUCAUGCGGCACCAACCCACAUUAAAAACUGAUGCCACCACUGCCAUUAUUAAGUUACUGGAGGAAAUCUGCAACCUUGGCCGAGCACCCGAGUACAUUUGCCAGAAGCCCUCUAUUCAGAAAGCGGACAGCACUGUAACGGUGCCACCAGCUCGUUCCAGCCAUGCUGCUGAAGAGGCUUCAAGUGAGGAUGAGGAGGAAGAGGAGGCCCUCCACACAUUCAGUCAACAGCAGGGGGAACCAGAGAGCAACAGACAGGUGGUGGGCACUGAGGAGCGGAUUCCCAUUCCUCUUAUGGAUUAUAUUCUGAAUGUGAUGAAGUUUGUGGAAUCCAUACUAAGCAACAACACUACAGAUGACCAUUGCCAGGAGUUUGUUAACCAGAAGGGGUUGCUGCCUCUUGUUUCUAUUCUGGGACUACCCAAUUUGCCCAUAGACUUCCCAACAUCUGCUGCCUGUCAGGCUGUGGCUGGUGUCUGCAAGUCCAUAUUGACUCUAUCACACGAGCCCAAAGUACUUCAGGAAGGCCUGUGCCAACUAGACAGUAUCCUGACAUCACUGGAGCCGCUACACAGACCCAUUGAGGUUCCUGGAGGGUCUGUGCUACUCAGAGAACUGGCAAAUGCUGGCCAUGUCACAGACGCCACAUUGUCAGCUCGUGCCACGCCACUGCUACAUGCACUUACUGCUGCACAUGCCUACAUCCUCAUGUUUGUCCAUACUUGCAGAGUAGGGCAGAGUGAGAUCAGAGCUAUCUCUGUCAACCAAUGGGGUUCUCAGCUGGGCUUGAGUGUUCUCAACAAGUUGAGUCAGCUCUAUUGCUCUCUGGUAUGGGAAAGCACUGUUCUGCUUUCCCUUUGCACACCUAACAGUCUUCCUCCAGGCUGUGAGUUUGGUCAGGUUGACAUGCAGAAACUGGUGCCCAAAGAAGAGAAGCCUUCCGGAAGCACUACAGCAACCAAUGCAUCUGGCUCUAGGAGAACUGAGCCUGAAGCAUUGCCUGUGGAUUCCUCUGCUGGUGGGCUGUUGGAGGGUAUGGGUCUAGAUGGUGAUGCAUUGGCCCCUAUGGAGACUGAUGAACCCACUGCAACAGAUCCCAAAGCAAAGUCCAAGCUUACUCCGGCUAUGGCCACACGAAUCAAACAGAUAAACCAUACUCUCUGCCUCUUCCGACUAGGUAGAGCCCUGGCUGAACUUUUUGGCCUGCUGGUGAAGCUCUGUGUGGGCUCCCCAGUGCGCCAACGCCGCUCCCAUCAUGCAACAAGUACGGGCCACCACCCAACACCUGCUGCUCGGGCCACAGCCGCUGCUCUCACAAAACUCCUCACUAAGGGUCUCAGUUGGCAGCCCCCACCUAACACCAACCCUCGCUUUAGGCUAACAUUCUUCAUCUGCUCUGUGGCUUUACGUCUCCCAUGCUUUUUUGAUGAGAGAAAAUACCCAUACCAUCUUAUGCUUCAAAAGUUCUUCUGUUCGGGUGGGCAUGAUGCCUUGUUUGAGACAUUUAACUGGGCACUGUCCAUGGGUGGUAAGGUGCCUGUGUCUGAGGGUCUGGAGCAUGCUGAUCUGCCAGAUGGCACAGGGGAAUUCCUGGAUGCCUGGCUCAUGUUGGUGGAGAAGAUGGUGAACCCCAGCACUGUGCUGGACUCACCUCACUCUCUCCCUGCCAAAAUGCCUGGGGUCACACCCACCAUGCCACAGUUCAGUGCUCUUCGGUUCCUCAUAGUGACGCAGAAGGCUGCAUUCAACUGCAUCCGCAGCCUUUGGAAUAGGAAACCAUUGAAGGUUAUAGGAGGAAGAAUGGCUGAGUCUAUGCUGGCUAUCCUCUGCCACAUCCUGAGAGGAGACGUUAUCCAGGAGCGCCUAGCUAAAGAGAGGGAGGGGACAGUGCGAUCAGAAGAGGAGGGAUCCUCAACUGGUUCUGUUUCAACAGUGGGGCUCCUGGAACAGCUGGAACAAGUGGAGAAGUGCCUCACCACAGCUGGAGCACCUGCAGCAGGAGUGCCAGCAGCAGGAUCAACAGAUGAUUCCACCAGUUCCACACCCCGUCGUGAGCCCCAGGUUAAUCAGGCACAGCUUACACAGCUGAUUGAUAUGGGUUUUUCAAGAGAACAUGCCAUGGAGGCCCUACUAAACACCAGCACCAUGGAGCAAGCCACAGAGUACCUACUCACACACCCUCCCCCACUUGCAGUAAGAGACCUAACAAUGUCUGAAGAGGACCAGAUGAUGAGAGCAAUUGCCAUGUCACUCGGGCAAGAAGUCAGCAUGGACCAGCGCUCUGACUCUCCUGAGGAAGCAGCACGGCGACGUGAGGAGGAAGACAGGAGAGCAAGAGAGCGAGCAGAGGAGGAGGAGGCUCGUUGCUUGGAACGUUUCUUGGAAGCUGAGCCACUAGAUCGUCAGGAACUACAUACCUUCACUGACUCCAUGCUUCCUGGUUGUUUCCAUCUUCUGGAUGAACUGCCUGACACAGUCUACCGGCUGUGUGAUCUGCUGAUGACAGCCAUCAAGAGGAGUGGUCCAGAGUACAGAGACCUCAUCCUCGGCAGAGUUAUGAAUUAGGUUUGGGAAGCAGCAGACGUCCUUAUCAAAGCAGCUGUGCCCCUGACUACUAGUGAUACAAAGACGGUGUCUGAGUGGACCAAACAGAUGGCUACUUUGCCACAGGCUUCCAAACUGGCAACUCGAAUUUUGCUGCUGACAUUGCUAUUUGAGGAGCUGAAGUUGGUGAGUGCCCGAGUAGUAGAGAAGAGCGGGAUUCUUGAUUUGCUGAUUAAACUGCUUGAAGUUGUACAGCCCUGUCUACAAGCUGCCAAGGAACAGAAAGACAUCCAGACACCAAAAUGGAUCACACCAGUACUCUUGAUCAUUGACUUCUAUGAGAAGAUGGCAAUCUCUUCAAAGCGCAGGGCGCAAAUGAACAAGUAUCUGCAGCCUAAUGGUAAUAACUGGCGAUGGUUUGACGACCGCUCAGGACGUUGGUGCAGUUACAGUGCAUCAAAUAAUAGUACUAUCGACUCAGCAUGGCGGGCAGGAGAGAGCAGUGUUCGCUUCACAGCUGGACGCCGAAGAUACACUGUUCAGUUUAAUACCAUGGUGCAGGUAAACGAAGAGACGGGCAAUAGGAGGCCAGUGAUGCUCACAGUCCAGAGAGUGCCACGUGUGCCAAAAUCUGCGAAGACGAACAUCAUGACGGACUCUGACAGGGAAGAGGGAGACAGAAGCAAGACGGAAGAGACGCAGACUGAACUAGAUUCUGUGGUAACAUUAGAGAUAAGUUCUUCGAAGGAUGAUUCAAGCCAGCUGAAGGAGAUCACCUCCAGCAUUCCAUCAUCCUUGGAUUCUGAUCAGUCUCAGGGUUCUGACAUUGUUGUACAAGGCUUGAGUGAGGACAUGAUCACUAUUCUUAUCCGAGCCUGUGUCAGCAUGAUAAGUGUUCCUGUUGACCCAGACACCCUGCACGCCACACUGCGCCUCUGUUUGCGCCUUACACGCACUCACCAUUAUGCCAUGAUGUUUGCUGAGCUCAAGAGCACACGCAUGAUCCUGGGCCUCACACAGAGCUCUGGCUUCAAUGGCUUCACCCCAUUGGUUACAUUGCUGUUUAGACACAUCAUUGAAGACCCAGCCACACUCCGACACACUAUGGAAAAGGUGGUAAGGUCAGCUGUGACCAGCGGUGCAGGUAGCACUACCUCAGGCGUGGUGUCAGGCAGCCUAGGUUCCAGAGAAAUAAACUAUAUCCUGCGUGUCCUGGGCCCCGCUGCCUGCCGUAACCCUGAGUGUUUUGCAGAGACUGCCAGCAACUGUGUCCGCAUUGCCCUGCCUGCACCCCGCGGAGCUGGAACAGCGUCAGAUGAUGAAUUUGAGAACCUUCGGAUUAAGGGACCUAAUGCUGUACAGCUGGUGAAGACCACUCCACUGAAACUGUCCCCCUUACCUCCUAUCCCUGACACAAUCAAGGAGGUCAUCUAUGACAUGCUUAAUGCUUUGGCUGCCUAUCAUGCUCCUGAAGAAUCUGAACGUUCAGAAGACCGUGCAGCUGUAGUGCCUGGUGGUCAAGAUUUGUGUCAGAUACUGCAAGAUGUUGGUGACAACGUUUACCAGCAGUACAGACUGACUCGGCAGGGCAGUGACUUUGAUUCCCAGUCAGCCUUCCAUAUUAAUACUCAAGUCUUUGCUGCUGAUGGAGGUGUGGCUGAAAAUUCUCAGUCUGGAACACCUCAAGGAGAAGCUUCCACACCAGAAGAGAUGAGGGAGGAAAAGAAUGAUCAGGAAGGAGAGAAGGGUGCUAGCUCUGAGGAGAGUAAAGCAGCGAAGGCAAAGGCCAGCAAGCCUCUAAUGCCUACCUCCACCAUCCUAAGACUGCUGGCUGAACUGGUCCGCUCUUAUGUGGGCAUCGCCACAUUAAUUGCUUCCUAUUGUUACACUGCUGGACAGUCAGAGCUUAUUAAGGAGGAUUGCAGUGUUCUAGCCUUUGUGCUUGACCAUUUGCUGCCGCAUACCCAGAAUUCAGAGGACAAGGACACCCCAGCUCUGGCACGGCUCUUUCUGGCCAGCCUAGCAGCUGCUGGUACAGGUACUGAUGCCCAGGUGGCCUUGGUCAAUGAGGUGAAAGCUGCUCUUAGCCGAGCACUUGCAAUGGCAGAAGGUGCAGAAAAGCAUGCCAGGCUCCAGGCAGUGAUGUGUAUCAUCAGCACCAUCAUGGAAUCAUGUCCCUCCACCUCCAGUUUUUAUAGCACAGCUGCAGCCAAGACACAGCACAAUGGCAUGAAUAACAUCAUAAGGCUCUUUCUCAAGAAAGGUCUUGUCAAUGAUUUGGCCCGUGUGCCUCACAGUUUGGAUUUGUCCAGUCCCAACAUGGCCAACACAGUGAAUGCUGCAUUGAAGCCUCUGGAGACUCUGUCCCGCAUUGUUAAUCAGCCUAGUAGUCUGUUUGGGGGCAAAGGAGGUUCUAGCAAGAACAAGACUGAACAUGAUACAGUGGGAGCUGCUCGGGACAGCAACAGUAGCACACAGGACCAAGGGGAGUCUGGUGAGGCAGAGCCAGUUGAGGGGAACCACAGGGUGCAGGGUACAGACGGCGACCUGAUGGAUGGAGAGACAGAAGGAGACACAGUGGUCAUUGCUGGUCAACCAGAGGUUCUCAGCACACAGGCAAUGCAGGUGGAGAAUGAGUUGGUGGACCUGAUUGAUGAGUUGCUGGAGAGAGAUGCUGGCACUGUUAACAGCACCAUCAUAGUGGGGCGCAGUGGUGAGGAUGAAUCACAAGAGGAUGUGUUGAUGGAUGAGGCUCCAUCCAAUAUUAGCCAGGCAUCCACUCUUCAGGCCAAUCGAGAAGACUCCAUGAAUAUCCUUGAGCCAGAGGAUGAGGAGCACACACAAGAGGAAGAUUCAAGUGGUAGCAAUGAUGACGAGGACAGUCAAGAUGAAGAGGAGGAGGAAGAAGAGGAGGAGGAGGAGGACCAGGAUGAUGAAGAAGGAGAUGAAGAUGAUGAUGAUGAAGGCUCAGAGAUGGAGUUGGAUGAGGACUUUCCUGACAUCAAUGCUGCACCCCACAUUCGCUUUGAAAGAUUUGACAGGGAUGAUGACCUCAUCAUAGAGUUUGACAACAUGUUCUCCAACAAUGCUGACAUUCCUCCAUCGCCAGGCAACAUCCCUAGCUCCCACCCACUGAUGGUCCGCCAUGCUGACCAUGGCUCCCUGACUUUGGGAGUGGUAGGCACUAGUAGCCGUCUGGCACAAGGCAUGGGUCGUAGCCAGCGCACUCUACGGCAACUCACUGCUAACAGUGGACACACCAUUCAUGUCCAUUACCCUGGCAACCGCCAGCCCAAUCCUCCACUCAUACUGCAGAGAUUGCUGGGGCCCAGUGCUGCAGCAGACAUUUUACAGCUGUCCAGCUCACUGCCUCUCCAAUCUCGUGGUCGAGCUCGCCUAUUGGUUGGAAAUGAAGAUGUGCACAUUAUAGCUCGAUCUGAUGAUGAGUUGUUGGAUGACUUUUUUCAUGAACAGAGUAACACUGGAGGGCAAGCAGGCACCCUCUCCAGUAUUCCGACUGCCUUAACUAGAUGGACAGAUGAGUGUAAAGUACUGGAUGCUGAGAGUAUGCAUGACUGUGUAGCAGUGGUGAAGGUGCCAAUUCUGCAGCACUUGGAAAGUCUGCGAGAUGAGGAACUUGAAGAACGUAGGGAGAAGCGAAGGCGGCAGUUGGCUGAGGAGGAGGAGUCAAAGCAGAAUGAAAGGAAGGCUUCUGGGGCAGAGGAGGCCAGUGAACAGAGCCUACAGGGUUCAGUGUUGGGGACAGUCAAUGGCACAGAGAGCACUGCAGAAGGUGAGCAGACUCAGGGUGGUACAGUUUCGUGUCUGGACCCACCCAGGAUAUCGGAAGGCUUCCUCACUGCUCCACCAUCAGGAGAGGUUACUCCAACCACCCCCGGUCCUCAUGAACAAGUUCUAGUCUCCCUAGAGACUGCAAUCAGUCAGCAGGUCCACCAGCCAAUUGCUGACCUGCUACUUGCUGAGUCACAUGCCAGCUCACUGGCUGCUCUGGCAGGAGCAGGCCUUCCGUCUUUGGCAUCAACUGACAGGCCAAACAGUGAAGCUGAAGCAUCUCAGAUGGAAAUGUCCCCGGCACCCACAAUUGGUGAGAGAGUCGGAGGAGGUGGUGGUGUUGGAGGAGGAGCAUUGGAUGAAGGCAGGGAAGCAUCACUAAGGUCCAGACAUUGUGAGAUCUCAGAGCCUGCAGUAGUGGGUGUGUCACAACUGGAGGGUUCACCAAUGGAUACCAGCAGCCCUGCCUCUGCAACACAAGAAGAAGCUGCUUCAAACCCUACUCAGGCUGUGCACAUAUCUCAGGAACUGUCCGGCAGUGGGGAGAAUGGGUUGACUGACAGGCAGACAGACGGAGAGACCGGCUCCACUUCUAUCUCGUCCCCUGGAGAAACAAUGCCAAGGAGUGAUAGUGCUGACAGCCAGUCUCAGGUCAUCCAAGAAGAACCCCUUCCUUCCACCAGCAAUGAGGAAGAAGACCCACUUGCAGGCGGUGUUUUGGCAGGCAUCAGUCUGCCAGAGGGUGUAGAUCCCUCUUUCCUGGCUGCUCUCCCUGAAGAUAUCCGGCGAGAGGUGCUGCAAAAUCAGCUCGGCAUCCGACCACCCUCCAGACCUGCUGCCACCACCCUACCUGCCUCUACGGCACCUGUGAUGGGAGGACCAGGGGUUACUGAGGUCAGCCCUGAGUUUUUAGCAGCCUUACCACCUGCCAUUCAGGAAGAGGUUCUUGCCCAGCAGCGUGCCGAACAGCAGCGUAGGGAAUUAUCCCAGCAGCCUCCUCAGGGAGACACUCCAUUGGAUCCAGUCACCUUCAUACAGACAUUGCCAUCGGAGCUUCGGCGUAGUGUCCUGGAGGACAUGGAGGACAGUGUGUUGGCUGUCAUGCCCCCUGAUAUUGCUGCUGAAGCAGCUGCUUUGCGUAGGGAGCAAGAGGCACGCCAGAGACAGCUGAUGCAUGAGAGGCUGUUUGGCCAUAGUUCAUCUUCUGCCCUAUCAGCCAUCUUGCGCUCGCCAGCCUUCACAAGUCGGAUCGGGAGCAAUCGGGGUGUGCAGUACACCCGCCUGGCUGUGCAGAGGGGAGGCCCAUUUCAAAUGGGAGGAGGCACAAACCAUAACAGACCAUCCAGUUCCAGUGUGGACUCCUUGCUGCGGCUGCGUGGUCGAUUACUGCUGGAUCACGAGGCCUUGUCCUGCCUACUUGUGUUGCUUUUUGUAGAUGAACCAAAACUCAACACCAGUCGCCUGCACCGUGUACUCAGAAACCUCUGCUACCACUCUCAGACCCGGGGGUGGGUCAUUCGUAGCCUGUUAUCCAUCCUCCAACGCAGCAGUGAGAGCGAGGUGUGUACAGAGAGUGCACGCUUGGAAGACUCGCGUGGCAAAAGGAGCAGCCAGGGAGGCUGUGCAGGAAAAGGCACAGCAGGCUCCUCUCUGUCCUCAUCAUCCUCAUCUUGUGUUUCAUCCUCAUCCCUGGAGCUACUGAAUAGAGUGGAGUCACGCAGCUCUAAUCAACUUUCCUGGCUCUCUGUUUCAAUGGAUGCAGCUUUAGGCUGCCGAACAAACAUUUUCCAGAUCCAGCGAGCAUCAGGUAGGAAGCAUGCUGAUCGGCACUCAGGUGGCGGAGCAACAGGCUCAUUAGGAGGAAUGUCCAGUGGAGCUACAGCAGGUGUCACAUGCACCGGAGGUGGGGGGUCAACUGUCCAUAUCCACCCGCAAGCUGCACCGGUUGUCUGUCGACACGUAUUGGACACACUCAUCCAACUAGCUAAGGUGUUUCCCAGCCACUUCACCCAACAGCGCUGUAAAGAUCUGUCAGCUUCUUCUUCUGACCUGGACUCUCGUCUGUGUUCAGCUUCUUCCGGAGGAGGAGGUACAGCCUCCAGGUCCCAACCACAAAGUAAUUUCAACCCCAAUACAUCCAGCAGCCAAAACUUGUGCCCUUCUGCAGCUACUCCCCAGUCACUGGGAAUCUCCACUGACUUUUGGGACUUGCUUGUCAAGCUGGACAACAUGAAUGUCAGCCGCAAAGGCAAAGCUUCUAUGAAAACGGUGCCCCUCGGGGGCAGUGCAGAGGCUGAGGGGGCCCAGUUCAGUUUAGAAACUUCCCCUCUAGGCCAGCUAAUGAACAUGUUGUCCCAUCCUGUAAUCCGGCGGAGCUCUUUACUUACAGAAAAGUUACUGCGCUUGCUCUCUCUCAUAUCAAUUGCCCUGCCUGACAACAAGGCCACUGAAGUGCCUGCUGGACACCCUACUCCACAGCCUGUCAAUCCAGGCACUGCAUCCAGUUUAGGAGCCACAGGCCCCGUUCAAUCCCAGGGCUCAGUAUCACUAGGCACAACCCAGCUCAUUGCACCAGGCCCAGGAUCGUCUGUGGGGCCACCAGUCCAGGGUACAUCCUCUGCGACAAGUCUGGCAGCAUCUCAGACAUCUUCCACAACAACCUCUUUACCCACAGCAACUACUUUAUCUACAUCCACUGGAACCACAACCACAGGAAAACAAAGAAGUACUCCUAGCAGCACAGAAAGUGAUCACAAGAUGGCAUCUACUGGACUCACAGAAAAACAGCUUCAGCUCUCUGUGGAGGUGCUGACAUCUCAUUCAUGUUCAGAAGAAGGAUUGGAAGAUGCAGCCAAUAUUCUGCUGCAGCUGUCUCGAGGAGACAGUGCCACCAGAGACACUGUGCUCAGACUGCUGCUCAGCGGAGCUCGACACCUCGGAUACACUCUGUGUAAACAGAUUGGGACGCUACUAGCUGAACUUCGAGAGUAUAACCUGGAGCAGCAGAGACGUGCACAAGCUGAUUCUCAUUCCCCUGAUGCACCUCCUGAGGAUUCCUCCAUCUCUGCCAGACUCAAGGGCAAGAUGACCAGCAGGUUUGAUGGAUCAGAGAGUGUCGUGAUUGUGGCAGCCCAAAAGCGCACACUUGGGGGACGGGAACUGCAGCUUCCCUGUAUGAGCUCCUUAACUUCCAAGACGUCAACGCAGAAAUUUUUCUUGCGAGUACUACAGGUUAUUAUUCAGCUGCGUGAGGACACGCGGCGUGCCAACAAGAAAGCCAAACAGACAGGACGAUUGGGAUCCACCAGUCUAGGGUCAGCCAGUAAUAUCCAAGCUGCGGUACGUCAGCUGGAAGCUGAGGCUGACGCCAUCAUCCAGAUGGUGAGAGAGGGUCAGCGUGCACGUCGGCUCCAACAGGGUCCCCCAGCAAAUUCUUCCUCUGCUGCCAUCUCCACAGCUACAGUAUCCUCUGCAGUUGUGCCUCAUGCCCCGACUGGUGCUGCUCCACUUGCUAGUACAGCUGCUUCUGUUGCUGCUGCUGCUGCAGCAACAGUCAGCUCUGAAGUGCAGUCAAUGUCCGAAUCCCAAGCAGCCCAAAGAGAUGACUCUCCAAUGGAUGUCGACCAGCCGUCCCCUCAAGAGCAGGAUGCUGCUGCUUUGGAUGAGGAAGGAAAUGGCCAAUCAGAAGCUGAGGAGAGACUUCCAGACCUUCCACUGCUCAGUGAGCAGCUGCUGUUGGAUGAACUAUGGGAUAUGCUUGGAGAGUGCCUGAAAGAGCUGGAAGAGUCCCAUGAUCAGCAUGCCGUAUUGGUUCUUCAGCCUGCAGUGGAGGCUUUCUUCCUGGUUCAUGCCACGGAGCGAGAGAGCAAACCACCAGUGAGGGAUACCAGAGAAAGCCAGCUUUCUCAUAUUAAAGAUGAGCCACCACCACUAUCACCGGCACCCCUUACACCUGCUACACCCUCUUCCCUAGACCCAUUCUUCUCUAGAGAGCCUUCUUCUAUGCACAUUUCUUCAAAUCUACCACCAGACACUCAGAAGUUUCUCCGUUUUGCCGAAACUCAUCGGACAGUGCUUAACCAGAUCCUUCGCCAGUCCACCACUCACUUGGCUGAUGGGCCUUUUGCAGUGCUGGUUGACUACAUCCGCAUUCUGGACUUUGAUGUUAAGAGGAAAUACUUCCGACAAGAGCUUGAGCGGUUGGAUGAGGGAUUGAGGAAGGAAGACAUGGCAGUGCAUGUAAGACGAGACCAUGUAUUUGAGGACUCUUACAGAGAGCUGCAUCGCAAGAGCCCAGAGGACAUGAAGAACAGACUGUACAUUGUGUUUGAAGGGGAGGAGGGUCAGGAUGCUGGAGGACUCCUGAGGGAAUGGUACAUGAUCAUCUCUCGCGAGAUGUUCAAUCCAAUGUACGCCCUUUUCCGCACAUCUCCUGGGGACCGUGUCACCUAUACCAUUAACCCCUCAUCCCACUGCAACCCCAACCACCUUAGUUACUUCAAGUUUGUGGGACGUGUGGUGGCCAAGGCAGUCUAUGAUAAUCGGUUAUUGGAGUGCUACUUCACCCGCAGCUUCUACAAGCACAUUUUGGGCAAGAGUGUGAGGUAUACAGAUAUGGAGAGUGAAGACUACCCAUUCUUCCAGGGCUUGGUCUAUUUGUUGGAGAAUGAUGUGUCUACACUAGGCUAUGAGCUGACAUUCAGCACAGAGGUCCAGGAAUUUGGUGUGUGUGAAGUGAGAGACCUCAAGCCAAAUGGAGCCAAUAUCCUGGUCACAGAGGAAAACAAAAAAGAAUAUGUACACUUGGUCUGCCAGAUGAAGAUGACUGGUGCCAUCCGUAAACAGCUUGCAGCCUUCCUCGAGGGAUUCUAUGAGAUCAUCCCCAAGAGGCUGAUCUCUAUCUUCACUGAACAGGAGCUGGAGCUGCUAAUCUCUGGUCUGCCCACUAUUGAUAUUGAUGACCUGAAGGCCAACACUGAAUAUCACAAAUAUCAGUCCAGCUCUAUCCAGAUCCAGUGGUUCUGGAGAGCAUUGCGCUCUUUUGAUCAGGCAGACCGGGCCAAGUUCCUGCAGUUUGUUACUGGCACAUCCAAAGUGCCUCUUCAGGGCUUUGCUGCUCUGGAGGGCAUGAACGGCAUCCAGAAGUUCCAGAUCCACCGUGAUGACCGCUCAACAGACCGUCUGCCAUCUGCUCACACUUGCUUUAACCAGCUGGACCUGCCAGCCUACGAGAGCUAUGAAAAGCUGAGACACAUGCUGCUGCUGGCCAUUCAGGAAUGCUCAGAGGGCUUUGGACUGGCUUAAACUAAGAUUUCUUCAUGCGUUCUCUUGGUUUAAAUUUGCCUCCACUUGAUGCGUGCACGCGCGCACACACACACACAACCACAUAACCACAUACAUACAUACAUACAUACAUACAUACAUACAUACAUUGACAUUACUGGAUUACUUGUUGAAUGGCCUAGACUUACUGGUUUCUUUUCCAUAUUAAACAGCUCAAACCAGCAAGUGAAAUGAACUGAUAGACACUGCUUACCACAGAGAGCCUCACACUGACACACCUGUGUCUUGUUUCUCAAUUUCAUGACAAAUGCAAGUGUGGAUUCAGAGGAUUAAAAACAUGGACUAAUAUGAGACAUUAUCUUCAUUUAAUUUGAUUUCUCUGUACAAAAGGUUUUGGGAGUUUAUGUUUAAUCUUUUUUUGUUCUCUGGUUGUGUAAAAAGAAAAAAAAGAAUGUUUGAAUAGGAUGGUUAUAAAACCUUUGGGGAAAAAUGUUGGUGGUUUCUUGUUGCGAAUUUGUGACCUCAAGCCUUGAUGAUGGGAAGCGUUUUUAUUGGGGGGAGGGGGGGGUAUGAACAACUUGAGAAGUUUGAGAUAUUCACAAAAAAUGCACUUUUCAAGGUUUUGUGGCAUUUUUAAGGAAGAAUGGUACAAAAAUGAAGAGAGAAUUUGAAGGAGAUUUAACAAAAAAAAAAAAAUCUAGAGUAUUUUUGGCUAUUAAAUCGCUGAACCAGCCUUGAGCCUUUGAAUCAAAGUGGAAUAACUACAUGAAUAAAUGCAUAAAAUUG